AUGGAGGGUAUAACUCCACUUGUAUUACUCGUUAGCUUACUUAUCAUGUUUGCCUCAGUUGUGAAUCAGACUAGAGCAAACAACUGUACCGACGGACUAGGCACUUGUGAAAACUGCGACCAGAGAUGCAAGGCUAAACACGGGCCAUCAAGUGAAAGCACAUGUGACCACUCUCUUGUGGUGCCUCUGUGCUUGUGCUACUACCAAUGUGCAGGACCCUCGCCGACUCCAACUCCACCCAAAAUUUGCAAUGGUGGGGCUGAUAUAUAG